GCUAUUGGCUGUCCCUUAGAAUUACUUUACUGUAUACAGCACUCCAUUGUCGGUAAUGCUUGUGAUGCACAGCCCCACCUCUGUCCACGUGUCCUUAUACACUCCACUAGCCUUCCACGUGUCUUCUCCUUCUACUAAAAAAAAACCAAUAAUUACAGUUCUGCCACUCAAAGAAUCCUGAUCUAUCCUAUCAAUCAUCAAAGGAGUCCGUUACGAUUUACAACACCAAUUGCAACGCUAACUAUUAUAUCAUAUCUCGUUAUCUUUGCCCGUUUUGAUCAAACGGCUUCGAAACUACUUUUGCCAAAAACAAGUAACUUUACUUACGCUAAACUGUGAGUUAUGCUGUGGAAGUAAAACCCACUUUCUGGGGCUCUCUCAAUUCCCCUACUUCUAUAUAAUCUUCUCCUCCUCCCCUUGGCAUGUGUUGCUUCGGGUUUUAUAUCAACCAUGGCCAUCGUUCCUAGGUCUCUUAGAUAUUUUUCUCUAACCCUCUUCAAGCAAGCCAUGACUACAGAUCCUUGGCCUUUUUCCCUUGUUUUCUUGUAAAAAUUUCUUGGCUUUCUUGUUCUUGUUCCUGUUUAUGCAGUCAUCGAUCGUUAUAAUGGGUAGUGGAGAGAAGAGUCUAAGGAAUUUUCACCUACACUUGCCUCAUCUUCAUCAUCAUCAUCAUCAUGGGAAUAACAAGAAGCAAGCGAAAGACGUUCCGAAAGGUUGUUUGGCAGUCAAGGUGGGCCAGGGAGAGGAACAGCAGAGAUUUGUGGUGCCUGUGAUAUACUUCAAUCACCCACUGUUCAUGCAAUUACUAAAGGAAGCUGAAGAAGAAUAUGGGUUUGAUCAGAAGGGUACGAUCACCAUACCUUGCCAUGUGGAGGAGUUUAGGUAUGUUCAGGGAAUGAUUGAUAAAGAAAAAUCCCUUCAUCACCACCAUCAUGUUGGGUGUUUUAGGGUUUGAAUAUCAUUUGAUAUCAUGAAAGAUUGUGGGUGUUGUGGUGCCAAACAGGCCUAACCCUCCGAAAGAAACAUGUUUUGAUGGUUCAAAUCAUCUUUUUCUGGGAUGUGUAAAUCUGGAGUCCCUUUUAGGGUUUACUUUAGUUAUUUAUUUCUGUUUCUUGUUAGACCAUGGUGGCUGGCCGAUGAGAAAGUCGUUCAAUGAUGGGAUGAUGAAGACAAAGUGUUACCUUGCAAUUAUAAUUGAUUUUUGUUGUUUUGUUAGGAAACGUAAUGAAAAAGAUAGCAAAAUGCUUUUCUCUUC